AGCAGGACCUUAAAUAUGAGGCCUGCGGGUCCUCCCCACUUCCUGCCGCACUUGCACUCCGCCGCCCUCAUGCCGCCCUACACCAUCGUCUACUUCCCGACCCGAGGUGCGGCCGCUGCUCCUUUAGGAGGGCGAAGGGCACAGACAGGGGCCCCAGCAGGACCUCCAGUCUGGACAGCCCGCGGCGGAGGCGGAGGCGGGACCCCCCGGGGGACGGGGCCAUCUCGGGCCGGGCCUCAUCCUCUCUGGGGCCAAGGGCGGGGCGCUCUAUCCAUCGUCUCUGGUCCCUUCCUGGGGCGCUGUGGGCUGGGUCUGCCUCCCUGUCCUCCCCCCCGCCCCCCGCAAGACACGCCGGGGGCUCCACCCUUUCUCCACGGUCCAUCUGCUCCGCAGCAGGCUCGGAGGCUAGAGUUUGUCCUGUCCCCGAGUCCAGUUCCCAUACUCCUGACUUCCCCAGGGCGCUGCGAGGCUGGGGUCUCUGCCCAUCCCCACACCCCGUCCUCCCCUCCCCCAGGGCGCUGCGAGGCCCUGCGCAUGCUGCUGGCCGACCAGGGCCAGAGCUGGAAGGAGGAGGUGGUGACCAAGGAGUCCUGGUUGCAGGGCCCACUCAAGGCCUCCUGUCUGUACGGGCAGCUCCCCAAGUUCCAGGAUGGAGACCUCAUUCUGUACCAGUCCAAUGCCAUCCUGCGACACCUGGGCCGCUCCUUUGGGCUCUACGGCAAAGACCAGCGAGAGGCGGCGCUGGUGGACAUGGCGAAUGACGGUGUGGAGGAUCUCCGCAGGCACUGCAGCCACAUCAUCCAUCACGGCCAUGUGAGCAGGCCGGGCUUGCACUCAGGGCCGGUGCUGGGGGGCCGCCCGGGCCGUCACGGGCAUCGCUCCCUUUCACAGGAGGAGGACAAGGCCCAGUAUGUUCUGGAGCUGCCGGGGCACCUGAAGCCUUUUGAGAGCCUGCUGUCCCAGAACCGAGGGGGCCAGGCCUUCAUCGUGGGUGACCAGAUCUCCUUCGCAGACUACAACCUGCUGGACCUGCUGCUGAGCCACCAGGUCCUGGUCCCCGGCUGCCUGGACUCCUUCCCCCUGCUCUCGGCCUACGUGGCCCGCCUCAGUACCCGGCCCAAGCUGCAGGCCUUCCUGGCCUCCCCGGAGCACGUGAACCGCCCCGUCUUUGGAAGCCGCAAGAUAUGAACCCGCUUGGCCUCCCCUGGCAGGCGGGCUGCCCUUGGGACCAAUAAACACGGUGAGAAAACUGAGGUCAGAGCUGGAAUUUGCACCCAGGCAGACUGCCUGCCAAGCCUGCAUUUCUCCCUAAGAGCCCCAGAAAAUGCUCUCAAACGUGCUCUGGACGAAUCUAGUCAUCAACGAAGUGGUUAUUUAAAAUGUUAAUGUCAGCACAAUGUUAAAUAUCCUGAUUGCGAUCAAGUCAAAGCCACGGGAAUUUUAGAAGCAAGAGUACAGGUCACGUCCAGCCACUGGCCUGCUUUACUGUUUGCUUUCAUGGCUGAGAGGCUGGAAACCAGCUCUGCAAACAUGCGGAGAUGAAACCAGGGGGAGCACGAACAACUGGGAGGCUCCACUCACCGACCCUAUGGAGACGUUUACCCCCAAGAACUGCUGAGGGUUUGUCCAGGAAGUGCUUUCGGCAACAAAACUUGAACUCCACAUCUUCCCAUUGGAAGACUUUGUUUGGACUGGGGGUGCCUUUGCAUCUCCAGAUGGGAUUUUCCACAAGGUCAGGAAGGUAGCCCAGGAUCCCAUGAGUUUGCUUGCCGUCCCUUCAACCUAUUUGCAUGAGCCGUGUUCUUAAGAGAAGCACCCAGGGGAGAAAAUAAAACGAAGGCUUUUGGCUCACCCAUUGGCUGCAUCCAUGACUGGGUUCUGGCUCAAAAGGGUGUCAACAAUGAGAAAGUGGUAGCUUCUCAAAGAUUCAGGCUCAGUACGUUUAAGUCUUCAGAUAGACCUACGGAUUAGGCCACACCUAUGGAAAGUUACCAUUUUGAGGGUUUGAAGCAGUGGCUUUUUCCUGUUAUUCCAAAAAUAGGGCAACUGGGACUUUGGCUCAUAAAUUCGGCCAAGGCAGAGUUAGAUACACAACUGGGAUGGCCGCUCAGCUCUGACCUGGCAAUGUCUGUGUGCAUCUCCUCCUCCAACCCUGCCAGCCCCCAUCAUCCCCUGCUGGUACCAGGCCCUGUCCUCCAGACACAUGUGACCCAAGCCCAGCUAGUCACUAAGCCCCAGCCCCAGGCACAGUGCGCGGUCCAAGGUGUGAGCCCUCGCAGGGAGCUGGGCCCAUCAGAGUCCCUCCCUGGCCCAGCCUGGACAGCGCUGGCCAGGCGCCAGGAGCUCCCUCUGCGACCAGAGCUUGCUUUUCUGUACAAGAGUCUGUGAGGAUGUGACUUUGGAGCAGACUGUGGGGUUGGUUACAGCUGAGAGAGUGGAGCGUGUGUGUGUGUGUGUGUGUGUGUGUGUGUGUGUGUGUGUGUGUGAGAGAGAGAGAGAGAGAGAGAGAGAGAGAGAGAGAAUGAGUUUUUUUAGGCCACAAUUCCAGUCCCCGAGAGGCCAGAUCCACUCUCUCCUUCCCCUGGUUUGUUUAUGGGGCCCCAGACAUAAGUUGAGGUGAGUUUCUGUGACUUCAGCUGAAAGAGACUGUGAUAGUUUCCAAAUAUGUACACAAACCCUUUGACGAUUUUCCCCUCAUUAUUUGGAACCAAUCUCCUACCCCUUGAGUGUGACUGGACUUAGUGACUUGUUUCUAA